CGUUGCAGAAGCCGAGCGUCGUUCCUUUUCUGCACUUCGAUUCUGGAAAAUUUCCGCCUGCGUUCCCUCUCAGAAAGGCUUGUGUAGUUUCGUUCGGAAGCGGUUUCUGCGGGCAUUCGGUGCCUAGAAAAAGGCGAAAGUACCACGUUGUCCGCGCACCAGAUAUGUGCGUCUAUGGCGGGAAAACGGCCUGGUAAGACUCUUACUGGCCACAGGUGGAAAUUUGCUGCGGCUUUUGCGAAGUCUACCUAGCAGAAACGACCGCUGUUUGGUGACGGGAGCGAAGUGCGAUUUCGAUCCACGUGGUAUGUGAGUUCCGAACUGCCUUGCGUUUCUGUGUUCGGCCUCAAGUGCACUCUGAAUUGACUCGCGCUGUGUAGCAAUUUUCAUUUGUAGUGGCAAACGCCAUGAAUAUCCUGCCGCUUCAUUUUAGUGAGGGUCUGAGGGAGGCGACGCACAGCAGCGGGAUCCUCGAGGUCGCGAGGGAGGCCGGCAAGGUCGUUCAGCCAGUUGCGAGGUAUUUGUCCAACGCCAACAGCUGCGGAGUUCCUCUCGAGCUUAACCGCCUGCAAAACAAGGGCGGACUGCUGGACUGCUUCCACCAGACACUCGGCGUCAAACUCCACUCAAACGCGUCGCAGCAUGGCACCCGGCAAAGGGCGCCAGGUGCCAAAUCCCGAACCACCAACGCUGGUUUGGUUCGCGCAAGUUUGUCGUCUGUUUCACUGAAGCAAACUGCCGAAGGCAACAGAAGUAGGAGCUCGACGACAGCGUCAAGCGACUCUGCUCGUCAAUCCGACAGUUCGUCGCCGCCGCCGACCAAUCGAACGGCGAGAAGGUGUCGCUCUGUGUCUCGGCCGCCAGUCAAAGGGGGAUCCCCCGCUCGUGCCCCGCAGCGGAAACCUGCGGCGUUGUGGAACGCUCUUUCCCGCGAACUCGUGACAGGUUUUUCGGUCUCUGAUGCGGCGAAACCACGUGGUAUGCCGCCUCGAGUGCUCAGUCGACCGACGCUGAGGUCUCACAGUCGUGUCGCCGACGAAAACCUGAGUGCAACCGUUUCGGCAGCACCACGAAGACGUUUGGGCAAUGCAGAAACGGCGGCCAAAAAACCUGAAGAAGGUAGUGGCACCGGACCAGGUGUGGACAGAAUGUUUCCCCGAGUCGCACGGAGUAGAGCGGGGGGCUACGCGGUGGCAGCUGUGAGUUCGACUGCCAGCUCGGGAGAAAUCAGCCAAAAUUGGGGGCGCGCCGCGCCGGGUGUUGCCAGGAGUGUCGGAUCGAGAAGAUCGAGCACCUUCGGUUCCUGCGCCACUCCAGAGGGUAGGCGACAAGAGGUGUUUUUGUCGGCCGGCCGGGACAGCAAGAGGCGCGCAGAAACGCCUGCGCAUCGCACUUGCAGCCUGAAACCUUCAGAUCGCCGGACUGUCGUUGCUCGGCCCAAAGAAAGCACACAAAACGCGCAACAUGAGAAGUGGACGCCCGCAUCUGGCGCUCUGCGGUCAACGCUGUUUCCCCAGAGUGCUAGCGCGACUCGCCACACGCAGCGGCAGCUCCGCUCGACCAGCCAAGCAGGGUUUUUGGGAGGCGCCGUGACUCCGAAACGAGGACCGAUGAGUCGGUCUAGUGCUGACGGCGUUGCGACCUCCAACACAAAGGAGGCAGCGAGGUGUGGCGCUCGUUCCACGCUGCAACGUGCAACACAGAGCCCGGCAGUCCCGACGCGGAAACCCCAGGCAAACGGGUCGGCAAUGCCAUUCUCCCUCGUUUCAAGACAGUCCGGACGACUACCGGCUGCCGCUUCAGCCACUGAGGGACCGGGCAGAAGUCGGGAGAGGGGCGUUUCAUCUUUCAGAAGGUCUGGGUCGAAGAUGCCGCCGAACGUUCCGAAGCUAGAUCUCCGAAAGUGCAUGCAGUUCCGUACUCGUGACUAGAAGCUUGUGAUUGCACUGUGCUGUGGCGGCGAUUCUAACUGCUUACGACUGUCAAGGAAAAAACAGAUAGGUUUACAGCGUCAGCGCCCGAUGGAGUGUGUCCGUGAGUCUGUCUAGACAGCCUCGUUCGUAAAAUAGGAAAACGAGUCUGAAUUUUUUCCAGCUCCAGGGCAUAUUUGUACGUGGACGCAGCUUUCAGGACGUAAUCAUACACACUGUAACGGGUUAGCGCCAACUGAAGUCUGCAGAGAGCAGUCUAAAGUGCAGACAGGUCCGUCGUCGUCUUGAAACGCAUCGCAAAAACGGAACUGUCGACGUAUGUCGCUGGUCAACAGCUUCCGCUGGAGAAACGGGGGACGUAUUUCCGAGUGUCUUGUUUCUGGGAUGUCGGCACUAGCUUUUCUCAGUUUCCACGCCAAGCAUCGCACAGAAAUAUAGGUGGCGGUAGCAGGCACCAUCUCAUGAAUACCGUCGCGCUGUGGAUGUGUUGAAAAGCCGCCCGUCUUCUGC